AUGGAUGCCCCAAACAGCUCGCCACACCAGGAAAAAGAAGGAGAUCAGCGGCCCCGUGAAUUGCCCAUCCUUGAUGAGAAAGACAAAUCAAAGGAAAAUUCUGACCAUGUGCCAUUGUCCUCCCCUUCGCAGCAGGAAGCAGGAACAAGACAUACCCUAGCGACCGAGCCAUUUCAACCGACCUUGAAGGUUUUAGCAGACCUCGAGCGCGACGAUCCCCAUUUCGCCUUUCCAGCAGCUCGACUUGUCGGACUCUAUCGACGCCUAUGGGAGUCGUGCGUGUCCAAGCACAUCGAUGGUCAGAAGCUAGAACAAGACAACCUUGUUUUGAAGGAAGCUGGUGCGCACCUGAGAAAAGAGAGAGAUGAUCUUCAGGUUCGCCACGACAAGCAGCUUUCCUGGCUGCGCUUUUUCGAACAGGCAUUGGAUUUAUCUCGGAAGAGGCUGGUUAGCGUACUUGAUGACUGGCAUCACCCCUCCAGACUCAAUAUCGCAGGGUCCUUGAAUAGCACAAGAGAUGGGUAA